CGGUGCCAUGCGCGUUCCCGUUUACUGCUGCGCACAGACAGCCGGUGCGGAGAGAGAAAGAGAGAUAGAGAGAGAGAGGAGAGGGCUGUCAUAACUAGUGACAGAAAACGGCAGCGAGCACAUACAGUCUGGAUAGCAGCUGAUGCGACAAGAUGCUGAGCGUCGCCUUGCUGUGUGUGUACGCCGUCGCCUUCGGACACGUCUCCGCUCGCUCCGACAGCGGCAAUUUUUUGGAUGAUAAGUGGCUCGCUGGGAGAUGGGACAAAUUCAGAGAUGAAGUGGAGGAGCCUGGAACAUGGACUCCAUCCAAGCCCUUCGAUCAAGGCCUUGAUCCAGCCAAAGACCCCUGUCUUAAGAUCAAAUGCAGUCGCCACAAGGUGUGUGUGGCUGAGGAUUCUAAGACUGCCACUUGUGUCAGCCAGAGGAGAGUUAGUUUUAAAGAUGCCAGUUUGUACCAGAGUCCAGGGUCGAAGUGCAAACCCUGCCCUGUGGUCCACCCCUCUCCUGUUUGUGGAACUGACGGCCACUCCUACUCCACCAAGUGUAAGUUAGACUACCAGGCAUGCAUCACAGGAAAGAAGAUCGCUGUGAAGUGUUCUGGCAUGUGUCCUUGCCCCUCUCAGCCUGAACAGAGCUCUGCAGAAAAGAAAGUGUGCAGUGAGUCGGAUCUGAAGGAGGUGGUGAGUCGUCUGAGAGACUGGUUUAGAGUGCUGCAUGAGAAUGGCAACCACAAGAGAGUCAAGAUCCAGAAGCCAGAGAAAAACAAGUUUGAGGUCGGGGCGUCACCUAUUUGUAAGGACCCUCUGGGCUGGAUGUUCUCCCGACUGGACACAAAUUUUGAUGUCCAGCUGGACCAAUCGGAGAUCCAGAGCCUCUACCUGGACAGGAACGAGCCAUGCUCUGACGCGUUCUUCAAAUCCUGCGAUACACGCGCCGACAAUGUUAUAAGCAGCUCUGAGUGGUGCACAUGCUUCCAGAGGUACACAGAUUCCCCUUGUAAAGCAGAGCUGUCCAGUGUCAACAAAAAGCAAGCAGGGAAGAAACUGCUUGGUCAGUACCUGCCAUCCUGUGAUGAGGAAGGUUACUAUAGGUCCCACCAGUGUCACAGCAGCAGCGGCCAGUGCUGGUGUGUGGAUCGCUAUGGCAACGAGGUGGCCAGCUCACGCACCCAUGGCCCUGCAAACUGUGGCGUGAUAUUGGAGUCUUCUGGAGACCUCGGCAGCGGAGACUCGCUGUUCACUGCUGACGAUGAAGAUUCCUUUGUGCUCAACGACCAGGCUGGGAUGGACGAUGAGGACGACGAAGAUGAGGAUGAUGACGAUUUCAACGACGAAUAUCUGUCGUAAUUUCAAAAAAGAAAAGAAAAAAAGAGAAAACUGUUUGUUUGGUCAAACUGCACGUUUCUAGGUGACUCCCCAGGCAGAUACUUAAUCGUACUAACAGCCUAUGGACUACUCUCUGUGUAUUGUUUGUUCAUAAGUUUUAAAAAACACACAAAAAAAAAUAUAUUUCUGGCAAAUGUUUAUUAUUUCUCUUCCUCUUUAAGUAUACAAUAUUAUUGGUUAAUGGCACUUGUUCACUUGUGUGUCAGCCAACCAGAGAACAUGACUAAGGACUAAUCGACAAACCAAUCCCGUGCUUUGGAUUUGGUCAUGUGUGCAAAGACCUCUCCCUUCAUUGGACAGUCCAUGUCUUCUAGUGUGUCCUGUCCUUAUGCAGCACUCUGAUGCCUGAGUGUGUUGAUGCCUAGGGCGCAACGUUAAAGAGAUUUCCCCCUCUUCAUUCCUUCAUCCUCUUCCUCCCCUCCACACCCCCGCUCCCCCACCCUGUUACUCCUUAUCAAAUGUUCCUGUGUAUAGGUGGGAUGUUGAUGAUGUAGAUAAGAGAAUAUUGCACUCUUUAGGUUUCUUUUGAUCUUGAUUUGUAACUGUGACUGUAACUGUGUGAAAAAACAAGAUAACAGUUAGACAUGCUUCAUUAGGAGAAUUAAGGCAAAAAACAACAGUGCAAGUUGGAUAACAAUCAGAACCGACAUGCUUGCUGUUUUCACAGAGACACAAAUCAAGUCAAAUCAUCUCAAAGGCUGAGCAACGGGGAAAGACAAAUUACUGCUUGGCUGGUGGUGUUAGGGGGAAAAUGUUAUCUAUUUUUCUAAUCCAUUGUCGGACGAAUACAGAAGAUGAAACAGAUUUGUCGUAGCAUGUCUAAUACUGUGUGAUGUUGUUUCAGUCUGUAGAACCAGAGGCUAAAACCUUUGUGGAACUCAAAACAUAAUGUUGCUUGAGGGGGGAAAAAUUCCCUCAAGCGUGUACAGAUGAAACUGCACUUGCAUAGUUAUAAACUGUUUAAGCCACAAGUCUGUCUGAUAAUUUAAAAAAAAAAAAAAAAAAAAGUUGACUGACCUUUAAUAUAUGUCAGUGAGCUCAAAGAAAACCUCAUCACAGCUCAGAAGUGGAGGUGAUGUUUUAACUGUUCAGAUAUGAGUCAUAACAUGAUUUGAGCACACAGUGUAACAGAAUAACUCUCUUCUUGCACAGUAAUAAAACCACAGAACCAUGCAGACCUGUUAAAAUGUCUGGCAGGGGAUAAAGGGUGAGGUGUGCCUUUUACCGGUGAGGACAGAUGGUGGAGAUGGUGUGAGAAGCAUGCGUUACUGGACUGACUUUAGCUUGUUAUUACACUGCAUAAGAGUGGCAUUACUGUUAAAGCUUGGAUACUAUUUGGGUUUUGGUAUGGCUUGUGUUUUGGGUCGCUCUUACGAUGGUGUUACAUAGGCCAUAUUUCAGAUCUUUGAUUUGUUACAUAGGAUAGCUAGAAUGUAGAGAAGCACAGAUAUACUUAGCAGUUAAGGCAUACAAACACUUAGAUUCUGCUGGAUUUGAAAAUGUUUUAUAUAUUAAUACACUGGCUAGAGGAAGCUUUGGUUUAGAAAGCUUUAUUAGAAAAAAGAUGAUCAUCUUACAGUGUUUUGCUUUUACUUUGUUUCAAAAGCUUGAUUUUUACCUAAUCUGCUCUAACUACUUAUAGUGAAUAUCUGUCAGGGUUGAAAACUGAAACUGAUCCUAGAUUUGUGUAGUCUUGACAAGUCCUGUGACUGUUUAUGCAGACCUGAGAUUAUCUGAGCUCCUAUGUUAAUCCUAAUUUUCAAUUAUUAAUCUGCCUUUCGGGCUUCAUUUUAAAUCAAACAUCUGUUGAAAUUCCAUGUUAAGACCUGAAAAGUGCCAUCGAACCGUCCAAUAGUGUUUUUUUUUUUUUGUUUGUUUUUUGCUCCCUUCAUUCCUUUUAACUUGGAAUUCCAAUUCACUUGAAGAACUGGAAAACAUUUCAGUCUCAAAGUGUGCUAUUUCAUGAGUGUGAUGACAUGCAAAUCAUUUUGAUGACCUCAGACACUGUAGCCAAUCUCAACCAAUCACACACUGUCAUCACAGCUUUGAUAGUGUUUAAAGGUAAGGAUACAGAUGCAUUUUUUUUACAGUGUAUGUAUGAUUUGCUGAAAUAAAAGCUAUAUUGACCAAU